CGCCGGGAGCUAUGUUCUCAUAGGCCUAACGACAUAAAGACCAUGAAGCAAUGAUACAUUGGCCUCCAAUAGGUAGCAUCUCUGCUUCAUGUCGCGCAUCCAUCGAUGUCUGUCAUCUUCCAAGAGACGCGCAGAACCGAACAGGACGGCAUGCAGCGCGUGCUUCGCUAGACAGAAUACCGACCAUUCUAACAUGAUGCCAACCUUCUUCGACAGCCCCCGCUCGCCGAUACCAAGUCUAUAUUCGUGCAACGCUCUUACGACAAAUGUGCCUAUGUGCCCCCCGCGAUAGUCACCGGAGCCGUCUAUAUAAGCAGUGCUCAGCCUCCGUAUCGUCGUCGGUAUUCCCCACCUCCUACGCUCCCUCUGUAUAACUAAUUCGCGACUCGACACACGCGCUACUAUAAUGGACGCACCACACUCCUCUCCUUGUGUCUCUCUGCCUGUCCAGAGCCUCCAGCCGGUGUCGCGCUUUUCCCUCCUCCCCGCGCUCCCUAGCCCGCGAUCCUUGCUCGUUUCAUUCGCUCGCAGCUCCAUCCUCUCUGUCCUUUCAGAUGCUAUCACCAUAGGCCACCUCACCGUCACCGACGCGAACGGCUCAUCUCGAUACGGCGUGUUCCAGCCCGGCUGCAACAACAUUCACUUGCGCAUAGUGGACGACAACUUCUGGCUUCGCCUUCUCACCUCUGCCGAUCUAGGAUUCAGCGAGGCAUACAUGAUAGGUGACAUCGAAGUUAGCAGCGUACAGGGCGCAAUGAAGCUGUGGUUGGACAAUCAGUCCGCUAUGGAAGCGACCCUCUCAUCAACGAUAUCCCGCAUCUCGUCCACGCUAUCCGGCAUCUACAAUAAUAUCCUCGGCCAGUCUCGCACCAAUGCGCGCCUUAACGCGAUCGCCAGCUACGACCAGUCCAAUGAGCUGUUCAAGGCAUUCCUUAGUAAGGAGAUGAUGUACUCCUGCGCGCUUUGGAGCGACGCGGAGGGCGGCGUCCGCGGCGACCUCGUCUCCGGGCCCACACCAGGCGACCUCGAAGCCGCGCAGCGCCGCAAGAUUCACCACGUCCUGCGCCGCGCGCGCGUGCAGCCCGGACACCGCAUUCUCGAAUUCGGGAGUGGCUGGGGCGGGCUUGCUAUUGAGGCCGCGCGCGCCUUUGGCUGCGAGGUCGACACGCUGACGCUCUCGAAAGAGCAGAAGGCGCUCGCCGAGGAGCGCGUCCGUGCCGCCGGCCUCGAAGGCCGCAUCCGCGUCCACCUACUCGACUACCGCGAGAUCCCCGCCGAGUUCGAGGCCGCCUUUGACGCAUUCGUCAGCAUCGAGAUGAUUGAGCACGUCGGCACGAAGUACUACGAGACGUACUUCAAGCUCGUUGACUUCGCGCUGAAGCCGCAAAACGCCACCGCGGUCAUCACGUCGUCGACGUUCCCCGAGUGUCGGUACAGCAGCUACCAGGCCGAGGACUUCAUGCGGCGAUACAUGUGGCCGAACUCGUCCCUGCCCAGCGCGACAGUCCUCAUUGAUGCCGCGAGCACGGCCUCGCAAGGCCGCUUCACGUUGGACGGCGUAGAGAACCAUUCGGCACACUACCCGCGGACGCUCCGCGAAUGGGGCCGUCGGCUGGAAGCUAACCUCGCCCAAGACCUCGUCACCCAGGACAUCCCGGAGCUCGCGUCUCCCGAGCAGUACGCCAUCUUCAAGCGCAAGUGGCAAUACCUCUUCGCCUACGCCGGCGCCGGCUUCGCAAAGGGCUACAUAACAUGCCACAUGCUCACCUUCAUUCGUGGGAACGACUGCCCCGAGCGCUGCGAUUAG